UGCACUGUGGGUGCUCAGACAUCCACAUCGCAGUUAGAUCUGCAGUCGCAAUCCCCACCGGGCAGCUAUCAUUCCCCCAUGCUGUCGACGCCAUCGGCCACAACGACAUCCACCAGGCAGCAGCCGGACAAGGAGAGCAGCGGCGACCAGCCGUACUUUGAUUUCGAACGGAAGAUCGAAGCACCGAACCCGCCCAAGAAGAUGCCACGUGCCACUAACCGUGCUCGCAAACUGAACUUCCAUACUGAGGCCGAAGCACCCACCACCUAUCGCUCCUUCCACAAGGAUCUCGACCAGGAUAUAACCAUCACCAAAAUGGGCUACCUGUUGAGCAAUAUUCGGGCCAAGCGGGAGGCGAGUGACGAGCGCGCCGUGCGAACCUUUCGGGAUUCUUCACGCGUUGAGGCAAUCGAGCGUCAAAAGGAGAGCUUCGAUUGCAUUGACGGGCCACAUAGCUUGAGCGCAACAUCGGCCACAACUCAAUAUAAACGUGAUACGACAUAUGCGGCAACCACUCAAUGUCCACGUGAUACGGCAUCUGCAGCAACCUCGCAAUAUCCACGGGACACGACAUUUGUGAGAUCUACUCAAUCCAAACAUGACACGACAUUUGUAGUACCUACUCGGCAUCAGCGUGAUCUCGAUUGCGAACCCAUUUAUUCAGAGAUCGAAGAGGAUUGCUUGCGUAUAAGGGGCAGUCCGCAGUACGAGGUCAGGACUGCAGUGGAACGGCAUCCCAGCGAUGCCCAAACUUCAAGCUCCACGGCGACUGGGAGUGAGUCGACAGCGGCUGUCUCUGACUUGAGUGUGCCUGCUGAUCUGACAAUACUCUAUGCAAGGGUGCAGAAGCCACAGAAGAAGCCUCAGCCGAGUCUGCCUCCAGUAAAUCUGAGUGCCCAGCCGGUGGCAUUGGGGCAGUGUCUGCAAGAGUCCCUGAAGAGUGGCAGCUUCUUUAAGUUCAUGCCACUGCCUGAUGAGCCUAGUAGCGAAUGUUCCCGCUCUGAGUCCACAAGCCAAACCACAGAUUCGUCGGUGAUUCGCAAGCCAAAACCGACAUCCCCACCCAUGCACCAGUCGCUAAACAAUAUAAACGAAAGGAACUCGCCACCAAAGAAAAACCGAAACCUGUCGAGGUCCGAGCUCUCCCUGCAGCGCAGCCAGAUCUUCCUGGACAAUCUCUGCCGCAGCGAGCUUGUACUCGAUCAGGAGGAGCAGGUCAACACUCGCCUUGAAAAUAUUCCAAAUACCUGCCUCAGAGCCAGUAGCCCCCGCAAUGAGGAUGCUGUCUCCUACGACAUGCCCGAGGGACUGUACGAUGAUUACGCCAUUGAGGAUGCCAGCGCCGGCAGUUCCUUUGCCACCAACGAUUACGGAUCGUGCCAGAUUGAGCCGCCGCCGCCUCCGUCAGAGAACCAGAGCACACCAAAAAAGAAAAGCCAACGAUAUACAACUAAGCCACCGAGCAAUCUCAGCAUCGACAUCAACGAUGCCACACAGUCGCAAGCGCGUCCAUUUGGCCACAAUCUCAGCCACAGCUGCCCGACGACUCUACAACAGCCGGCUAAACCAUCCGCCCAGCUGGCCCCCAACAGCAGCAGUCUGGGGGAGGUGGCCCAAUCGCUACCCAGCCCCACUGACAGCCAGCUGAUGUCGGUGAGCGCUCUGGCCCGCUAUCGCCUCCUAAAGGAUGCCCUGCGGCGCUCUUACCGGAAAGGCAAGGACUUCUUUCUGGCGGAGAAGCAUCGACUGACCCACAGCCUUAAUAUGUCCCGCGAUCAGUCCAACCAGACCGACGGGGAGCUGGACAGCAGCACCUACUACGCCAGCUUCAAUCUCGACUGCCUGCUCAAUGAGUCGCUAACCACCAGCGAGCAGCUGGCGCAGGCUGUCAGCAUUUGUCGGAAAAUGCCCGAGCUGGAGAUCUCCAACGAAAUGGUGGAGGCAGAGCGCCUUUUGCUAUUCUCAACCCUGCGACAAAGCUCUCCCGCUGAUCCUUGCCAGGCCAGCGAUGCCGUUCUGGCUGCCAGGCGUCAGGCGCAGUGCGUCCUAAUCGAUGCCAUGAAGCUGCCAGUGAGAUCAGAUGCCAGUCAGGACAUGUUCUUCAAUUACCAUUACAUUUGCACGUACGAGUUCGAGGGACGCAUUUGCUCCACUCAAUCGGUGGAGUGCCAGAAUGGCGUUGCCCUGUUCCGUGACUGCGGACUGGAGUUCUACAGCGCCGGCCCGGUGGAGGCGAUGGAGUUGCGCUGUCAAAUAUUUAUGUUUCGGCUGCGCAAGAUCUCCACGCUGUCGCUGGAGUCAGCCAAGACAGUGAAACGCGGUACCAGCAAUCUGUGUUCGUCCACAUCCAGUUGCUCCGGCAGCUCCGCGGGUGAGCGAAUAGUAUCCCGGUUUCGCCUACAUGCCUCCUUCUGUUUGCGUGCCAUUGAUUUGGCUCCAUUCGAGCUGUUGGCCAGCGAGACGCAGGCCAGUGAUCGGAUUUGCUUGCGAAGCUCACGAUCCUGGCAGCUACCAUUGACUACCCACACAAAAUCGACCAAUCUGGCGCCCGAAAUAUCCGUGACGGGGCGUGUGGAGGUUCGUUUGCCCAAGUCACAUUACUCUGGCUACUUGAAUGUGGAGGAUCCGCAGAGGAAGCACCACUGGAAUCGACGCUGGUGCACCCUCGACUGUGUACAGCUGUCCGUGUGGCAGCACGAAGACGAUCUCAGUGAGCAGCCGCCCCUUUUCUCACUGCAGCUGCAGGGAUGCCCGCAAGCCUCGAUAGCUGUGGCGCCGCUAGAGCUGUGUGCUCGUGCCCGGUGUUUUCUCUUACGGGAGAAGGAAGCAGCCUUGGGAUUCUUUUUUGCAGCCGACACUCAGCCGGAGCUAGACGAAUGGCUAUUGCAUCUGAACGAAUCACUGUCUUUCGCCAAGCGUUGGCUGGUCGCACCUUGAGGGAUACACUAUUUUAAUCUAUAAUUUAAGUGUGUGUUUAUGUUUUCUAUUUAUAUUUUGCAGUCUUAAAUUGUAAACUACCUUCUGGGAUAGGAUAAAAUAUGUUGAGAACAUUUGUUCUACUUAUGCUGGUCAAAGGAGAGUUUGCUCCCCAUCCACCGACUUACCAUUCCGGUAACAUUCCGCCAUCGCUGCCUUUUCUGGGGAAUAUACUCGUAGUCUCUAUCUUUAAAUCGCCUGUUUAUGGGGCGGUAGUGU